AAGAAAAACUUCAUUCAUUGCGAUAAAAUUGAUUUGAGCGAUGUUCCUCUUAUCAUCUUUUAAAGGCCUUAUUUGAUUGUAUAGCUAGAUUGAAGUCAUUGCGUUUUCCAAUUUCAUUCAAUUAAACGAUCUCACUCCCUUAGGAUUACCCAUGCGUGCCUAAUGCAGAUCUGAUCAUAAGAAUAUUGCGAGUCAGUAAAUGAUUGGAAUGUAAAUGGGAGCUGUUAAAACCUUGAUCAAGUGAAAUUUGUAUAACAGUAGCGAAGAAAUCCUGUUGUUUAUAAUUUUUAUUGUGUGCUGGCAGCGAAGAAAUCCUGCCAAACGCAACAGUGUGCAGUUAAGUUACACAUACUGUAAGAAUCUGUUAAGUCACAUUGUUCUUGUGAUAGCUGCAGUAAAUGGUCCGACAGAAUGAGAGUAAUCUCACACUAAACGCGAUCAGUUUUAACACAAUUGGAGCACAGUACCUUAAACUAACGCCAGAGGGCAGGCUGUUUAAGUAUCUAACACUCCUUGAACUCCUCCUCCUACCCUCCUGACUUUACCUGUUGUGGGCUCACCCACUCCACCUUGUGGGCAUUCUCAGCUAGGUUGACUUCUCUCUCCCUAAUUCCAUGGAUUUCAGUUUGUUUUAUUGUUAAUUUCGUUUCUGUUUUUUUUCUUCCCUUCUUGUCAUUAUUAUCAUUCUUGUCCAUUCUAGUUACCUGCUGGUUUAUUUUUUUAUUUUGUAUUAUUUUUGUUUUUACUGUAUUAUCUGUUAUCACUUUUAUCAGUUUAUUUUUGUUUUGUUCUUUAUUAUUAUUAUUAUUAUUGGAUCAGGUUUCUCUCCCUAUCUUCUCUUACUUAACCACUCACUUAUUUAAAUUUAGUUUAAACAGUGUUUGAAUUUAAAUUUAAAACUAAUUUCUGUAUUCUAGCCAUUUGUGUUUACCUAUAGGUAGCACUCCCUCUAGUGCUUAGUUGGUGAAUCGACAGUUGCCUCGACAGCGGAUCACAGUGAGCUGACAAGAGAUCCUGACUGGAUAACCUCAAUCCAUCACUAAGCCUAGGCCAUAGAAUACUGCCCCAUCCAGCUAGCGAAACCCCCAAAACAGGUUUCUCCUCAAUCUGUAAGGUAAUUAGCCUGAUCCUGCUGUCCAAGCAAGGCUGACACACUAGAUGUUAUGAACCAACAGCGCCCUCUACCCAGUAGGCCCUGUCAUAACCCCUAACAGCAGUGAAAGGCUUAAACCUCCUCUCUCCUGUUUCCACUUCUCUGUGUUUUGAUUUGUUGUCUUUGUUUGUUUUUUCAGUUUCUUUCUUUUUGUUUGCCUAGAGACCGAACCUUUGAGAAUCAUCAGGGAAGGCUGAGUAAUAGAUUGACGACCCAAGCUGCCAAAGUCUUUAGACGAUCAUGCUGUCAACAAUCUUAAUUAGAUCCUUUCCGGUGCUCCCCCACAACAAUUAGACACACCUUGCCAUUCACGGCCGAGAUAGCAGUGAGUCAGCAUGUCUCGAUCAUCCAGCACUGAUGCCCACUGGGAUCGACUAGAGUCCUGGCUGAGUGCAAUAACUGGUACCCUCCUGUCUGAAGCCGCCGGUGGCCUACAGCACCUGAGCCGGGAACAGCUCGACGACAACCUGGGUGCCCUGAUGUCACACGAUCCGACACAGGACUACAGCCACAAAGAUCUCAUCAAGAUCAUCGGGCCACUAUCCCACAACCUCCUCGCUCAGGCAAAGCUGAAUGAAGCAAGCAUCUCCCGCAUGGAACAGGAAGCAGCAGUGCUGAAGCUUCAGGCUGAGGAGGCUCAGAGAAACCUGGUUCUUGCUCAAAGUCAACUGGACCAGCACCAGCACCAGCACAGGACAGCGGACGAAAAGGACCAAGAGCUGCAGGAGGAAAUAGAGGAACUCCAGAAAGCCUUGACUGAUCUCCGUGUAGACAAAGCAUGCCGAGAGCACUAUGAAAAGGACACCAUAGAGGAACUGAGUGAAAAACUUCAGCAAGCUGAGGCUCUCCUGAGGAGAGCAGAGACUGAACUCAAAGAGAGAGACGCCAGGGCUAAGGCCUGCGAAGGCCACCUGCAAAGUUCCUGGGCUGAAGUCCGUGCCCUGGCCCAACAAAGAGACGAUUUAAAAGAUGAACUUGACAUAGUUCACCGGGAGCUUAAACAUGCAUAUAGACUGCAAAGUGACUCUGAAAGGGAAAUGCACACCACAGAAUUUCCCCUAACCAGUAGGCUGAUACCUCCUAGUCAAGAACUCCCACUUCGAAAGGGGGGUGAGAGUCCACUGCUCAAGACAUCACCUGCCAGCAUCCCAGAACCCCCAGCAGCAGAAAGGGGAUGGGAGCCUUUCCAAAGGCUGUCUUCCAGUCACGGUGUGUCACCUAAAGAAUUGGAUAAGCUGGCUAGAAACAUUCCCACUUUCACUCCAAACCCCGCAGGGGGCCACGAUGUGCACGCCUACUUAAAAGACAUUGACUUUCACUUGCAAACUGUUGCCAAUGCUACCGCACGAGACAGACUCUAUCUGCUCAGGAUCACCUCCAGCCGUGAGGUGCGGAGCUUUCUAGACCGGCAGCCAGAAAUGGUCAAAGUAGAUUGCCAGCAACUGGAGCAGGCUUUGAUUAAGGAGUUCUCUGACCCAGAGUCAGAGCAAGGACUGAUUACGGCCAUGGACCUUAAACAGGGCAGACAGGAAACCACACAGGCCUACUACAACAGGCUUAGACAGGCCUACUUCGGAGCACGGAAUGAGCCAGGAAUGGAAGACGAUUUUAACUUCAAAACUCUGUUCCUCCGGAACCUGCACCCAACAGUGAGUCACCACCUGGGGGUUCUGGCUUGCCCACGGACUAUGUCCACUCAACAGCUGCGAGAUUUGGCCCAUAAGGCCUAUUCAAAACAAAGAACUGCCGCUGGAAAGACAGGAAAAAGACCCACAAUCUGUCCUGUCGCUAAUCAGAGUUCAGAACUUGCUCUAGAGGGCGCCGGACCAAGCCACAGUGACCAACCUGUCAACACAAUGGCAAGAUCCUUCCCAGCCAGCAGAGAACAGCGUGGCCAUGGUGGUGCCCGUCCUAAGCACCAGACUGGGCACACCGAGAGAUCCUGGAACAGGUCACAACCACCCCUCAACCGAAAGGGUGGAGCCACAUGGGAAGCCAGGAGACGGCCCAAAGGGAACCGACACUCAGCGGCACAAGCAUCAAGCUCAGACUGCCAGCAGCAGAACAGCUCUCAACACACCCUGGACAAGCCCAAAUAUAAACUAUCAGCAGAACAAAACCGGGAAGCUACAUCUGAAUCAGCAGCGAUCAUGAGACUUUUAAAGGAACUCCUCCAGAAAAAGCACUAUAAGGGAGACAAAAGAGAUGAGUCCGAUCAGUUAUGACUAAGCAUUAGAUCUGACCCCAACGCCCACUCAGAUUCCUCUGAAAAUGAACCUCCCAACCAGAUCACUGCUAAUCCACUGCUGACCACAGAACCAGAUAUCCCAUCACCAAGUGAUAACAUCACUCACCCACCUCAGCUGACCGCUGAACCACCAGAACCGUCCAACAUCCCUCAACACACCUCCAGCCAGGACCGCAAAGUACCAGAAAGUGCAGUCUUGGUGGUCUGCUUCCCUGACGAGCCACACACGACCAGCUCUGACUGCUUGCCAUUCACCACACAAGCCCAAGGGCCAAGACUCCUGGGGAACCUAAUCGAAAGGGGGGUGGCCAAAAAACUCUACCUGGCCAUCACAU